AUGAGUGGUAAGAAAACUAAUGCAGAGCGCCAGCAAGAGGUCGACCGUCAACUCGCGGCGAUGAAGGCUGCCAUCGGUGACGAGAAUAUGUUCGAUAGUGAUAGUAGCGACAGCGAUUCGGAUGACUCUGAACAGCUGAGAGACCGCUCCAGCACCACCCGAGACGCUGUCGCAUCAGCCCGCAGAUUUUUGAUGGAUGAGGCAGAUGACGACGACGACGAUGAUGCAAUUAUUUUGGGGCUUCCCUUUCCAAAGUCACCGAAACAGUCAGCACCAUUGAAAAUGGCAGUCGGCAUGGGCAAUCAAGGCAAAGGAGCCAGAGACUCCAUUUGGGAUUCAGUUCGGUCAGACGGCGGUGAGCAGCACGAUGUCAACCUCAUGGAUGCCAGACAAGCCCACGCGGGAUACCAAUCACAACAGCCACAGUCUGUUCGUCAAUCUCUCUCCAAUCUCUUCCUCCAGAGCAAACGUCCCAGUGCCAAGCGUCUCGGUUCUCCUGGUAUUUGGAACGACGCCGACGCAACCGAGGGCGAAGAAUUCAUUCAAGAAAAUUCCAAAAGCAAGUUUUCCUACCUGGCUUGUAUGUGGGGCACCGUUCUUUGGCUCAUUGCAUUGGGGUCAUUGUUCGUUUUUGGAUACUAUAUUUACGACUUUGGCACGAGCUUUCAACAUGCACCAGCGCCAAUCGAAAGUCCUGCGGAAGAACAUUCCGAAGAUAGUAAAGCGGCUUUGAUGAAGCACGGAGUUCUUACCGAAGCCGUUCUAGAUGACCCCAACUCUCCCCAAGCAGCCGCUUUGCGAUGGAUAGAAGAAAAUUCCUCCCAAGCUUCCUCCAACAAACACAAUCCUUACUUGGCUCAACGCUAUGCGUUAGCGGUAGUCUACUAUUCGAUGGAUGGACAGCAUUGGACCAACUCUGAUGGUUGGCUUUCUAACGAAGGAUAUUGCAAGUGGUAUGGAGUCCAAUGUUUGGGCACCGAAGGCAGUAUCGAAAAGCACUUUGGCAACGGUCCUGUCUUUGAGUUGAACUUGUCUUCCAAUGAGGUGAAAGGUACGAUUCCUGUCGAACUCAACACAUUCAAAGAUCUCUUCUUUUUGGAUCUUCAAGAUAAUGCGCUGGAAGGAACGAUUCCUGAUGAGUUGGGUGGAUGGUCGGCACUUCGCAUGUUUUCGAUUGCUCACAACGACUUGUAUGGAAGCAUUCCGCCUACUUUGCUAAGUACCAGUGCCGAUCUUCGUGUGUUGAAUGCUGGACACAACGGCUUUACUGGUACGAUUCCACCUGAAUUGGGAACGGCUACCAAACUGAGGGAGAUUCGUCUCGAGUACAAUAGCUUGUAUGGUCACAUUCCCGACAGUGUGCGAGAUCUGGACCGGAUGGAAACCUUGCAUUUGGCGGGCAACAAAUUGGGCGGGUCUUUGCCCAGUGGCAUUUACGACAUGGCUCGGUUGGAAGCCUUGUACCUUCACGACAACUCGUUGACAGGCCACCUCUCCAACAACUUUGCCAGCUUGAGCCACCUCGAGCUUCUCACUCUGAACCAUAAUCAGCUCGUUGGUACUAUCCCGAACGUAUUUGCCAACAGUCGUCACCUUCAGGAAGUCCAUCUACACGGUAACGAGUUGUCUGGGAAUAUGCCCCGUUCUGUUUGCUCCCUUACAACGGAACACAAAUUGACCUAUCUUAGUGCGACCUGUACGCAGACGAAGGUGGAGGGUGAAAUGGGCGUCCACUGUGAGUGUUGUACGGACUGCAAGUAA